UUUCUCAGAUUAUCACACCAUAAUGUCAUCUCUGACGCUAAGAAGAAGUUUACGGUUCGUCAGGCAGCCACUACUAAGCUUCAGCGGUUGGUUAUCAGAUUCUAGUCUUACUAGCAAUUUUCACAGAACUCUGUCGCCCGCGAGAUAUAAUAAGACGCUCUCGAUGGCGCUUGACGGAAACUUGAAAAUGGGUAAAAUUUUAACUGUUUUAACUGUCAGCUACUGAAGAAUCUUAUGAUAAGUGAUAGAUGAGUCUAACAUACAAAGAAUUGAUUGUAGAGAUAAGAAAUAUUAGAAAUGGGCUGAGAGUUCACCGAAUAACUAACUGAAACUUAUAUCCGAGCACCUAUGAUACACUUCAGACACUUAAACAUUUACAGAAUGUGAAUAACAAUCCAUAUGGGUCAAAUGGCCAUGGGUACAAACCAGGCUAACUUGCGGCGGUUCUUACGAUCAUCUUUUUCCUUGUUUCUUGGUCGGUAGUUCUCGGAGGGAUUUUUCCUCUCUGGAAAUUAACGAAAGGGUCUCUUAAUUAUAAACUGAAGAAAGUCUCGUCAUAUUGGAUCGAUACAGCUUUCAGAUGAAACGUUUCUCCCCAGAGUCCAAGAGACCCUACAUAUCAAACACGCCUUCGUAGCUUUUAGGUUCUUGAAAGUGAUCGAAUUGAUGUCGCGUGAAGGCGAUUCACGCAACGUUACCAAAAUAUCUCACAAUAAUGGCGCGCAAGAGUUCGAGACUGUUGGGCCUUUUUUUCGUUCUCUGAUAGGAAACUUUUACUAAUAGCAAUUAUCUAUUAUUUUAGUCAGAAAACAACUAACACUUUCCCGAGUUUAUGUUUUUCUUGAUUGUUAUUCAAUUUGUUUUUAAGCCGAGUAAACUAAAUUCUAUGUUUACUUUACAACUGGUCUCCAAUUUGAAAAUGAUGCUUUCAACUGCUCUUUAAAUUCAGCCACCUUUAAAUCUGGAUGACAAAUUGUCCUCACUUAGCUUAGUAUAAAUUUAUAGAAUCAAUAGCUUACAACCCACUAUUCCACAUUCUUUAUGUGGCUUAUCCGGCAUUAUCAGCUCCUUUACAAUACGUAUAACAUUAUAUAAUAUACAUUAACCAAAUCUCAUUCACGUUAUUAAAAAACGCAAAGCAAAUCUCUACCCUCAAACAUAAUUUUGUAAUUAAGUUUUUUUUUAACCACAAACACCAAUAGAAAUGUUAUCAUCACUGUCACAAUUAAGUCAGAUGAAACAAGUAAUGAGCACAGAGUUUAUUUACUUAAUAUCCUCUGCUACUGUAAGUGCCACAAAAAUAAAAAUGAUUUUGAGAUAACCACAUUCGUGCAAGCCCAGCGAAGCAACCAAGAGGAUCGAGGAUCGUGAAUGAAAGGUGACAAGAUCGCGUAACACUUAAAAGUUGAUGCAUGUUCGCAAGUGUACGGAAUCAAGCGAUUGAAAUUAAAAAGCGUAUUAUCGACCUGGAAAAAAUAUAUAGAUUUUUUUUAUUUCCUGAAAGCAUUUUUAUCAUUAAAUUGCGAUAAAUAUUUCGCAUUUUUUGGUGUUUUUGUGUUAGGAUUUCCUUUAUCCUUUUACUGAUUAAGUGGAGUGAAAUGGAUUCGAAUGUGAAGCCACAGACCUUGGUUGAGACUUUUGACCAAGCCAACUACAAUUCUAUCCCGGAGUAUAAUGUAGCUCUCAUAACUUUGUUGACUAAUUUCCUGUGUCAACAUGCACAGUUGAGCGUAGCUUCAGCGGUAUGA